AUGCAAAGUUAUAAUGGUAUGGAAUAUCCAUUUCUUAAUACAAGUCAUUUUUAUCCACCUUUUUCAAUGCAAGGAUUUGCUCAAUUAAGUCAAGGACAAUUUUCUUCAUAUGUCUUUCAAGAUGUUAGUUUCCCAAACAAUUAUUUCAUUGAUGUUUAUCAAAAUAAUUUACAAGAAGAAAUGAUGAAUAUUAGUCGGUUAAUUGAUGAUUUUCCAUAUGUUUCAAUGGAUACAGAAUUUCCAGGAUUUUCAAGUAGAACAUCUUUUGGUAUUACUUUACAAAACAAACAUGGUGAAUAUCCAGAAGGUGUUAGAACAUGGCAGUUUAAUUUUAAAUUUGAUCCUGACAAAGAUGAAUGUUCUGCUGAUUCAAUUCAAUUAUUACAAAAAGCAGGUAUUAAUUUUCCAUAUUUUAAAAAUGCUGGAAUUACUGAAGAAGAUUUUGGAGAAGCAAUUAUGACUUCAGGAUUAGUUUUAAAUGAAAAUACUCAUUGGUUAACAUUUCAUAGUGGAUAUGACUUUGGUUAUUUAUUACGAUUAUUAACUUGUGAGAAAUUACCUUCUUCUAUUGAUGAUUUCUUUACAAAACUAUGUAUUUUCUUUCCUAAUAUUAUUGACCUCAAACAUGUUACUAAUCAAAUUAGUCAAACUUAUCAUGGUAGUUUACAAGCAAUUGCUUCUAGUUUAGGAGUUCAAAGAAUUGGUACAAUGCAUCAAGCUGGUUCAGAUAGUUUGAUUACUGGUGGUCUUUAUUUUAAAUUAAAAGAAAAACAUCCUGAUUUUGACGAUGAUAGAUUUAAUGGAAUUUUAUUUGGAUUAAAUGAUGAAUGA